ACAUUACAAAAUUGACUGCCAUAUUUUGUUUACAUUUCGUUUAGAUCUGGUUAUAACGUGACUCUGAAAUAUCAGUGGUUAUGUAUAAUAUGACAUUGUUAAAUAAAAUAUUUUAACAUUUCUGGAUUUUCUGGGAUUAAAGUGUUAUCAGGUUAUAGCUCCACAAUACAUCGAUCUUCAUAAAAUACCUGACAGAAUGGCUGAAAAGGGAGGACUAGGAACGGGAAUGAACAUGACAGAAGAAGAAAAAUAUUAUUGGGAAGCGUUUAAUUUAUUCGACAAGGAUGGAAGCGGCUCUAUUUGUAAAGACGAGUUCGGCAAGGCAACGCGAGCGUUAGGUUUCAACCCAACUGAUCAACAAAUUGCUGACUUGUUGAAACAAUACGACACAAACAACACUGACCGAUUAGAGUUUGUCGAAUUUAAAACUCUUAUUAAAGAACUGUACAAAAAGAACCCAAACGACAAAAAUGCGAUAAGAAAUGCAUUCAAAGUGUUAGAUAGAGACCAAAGUGGCUAUAUCGAAGCCAAAGAAUUAAAGGAAGUGUUGCAAAAGUGUGGCCAGUCACUUUCCGACGACGAGAUUAGCGAAAUGAUUGCUGUUGCCGACAGCAACAAAGAUGGGAAAAUAAAUUACAAUGAAUUUACAGAGUAUAUGUGUAGACCUAUCAAGUAGAUACUUGUGUCAUCAUCAACGUCAUCAUCAACGUCAUCAUCAACAACUUCUUCGUUACACACCAGCAUCGCCAUCAGCUCAAGCAACAUUUCAUCAAGAGUUAUCUGUCUUUAUUUGUGACAUUGUAUAAUUAUAUGAUUCUUCAAGGAUUCAAGAGUGACCGUUCUUGGAUUAAGCGCCGACGUAUUCGUCUACCUUUAAUACUCUCAAACGAAAGAUAAUAAUCGACUCAAAGGCGUUUCCCGAUUAGAUAUUUUUAGAGUUAUUGCCCUUAUUUCAAUUUUAUUUCACGAAAAAACGGGUAUAUACAAAUGUACAUUAAUAAGAGAGAGAAUAGCUACAAAAUUGGCUACGAUAGACUUCGUUUUUGUUUAAAAAAAUCAAACAUUAAAUACUUCACAGACAAUAAUUAAAUUUUUCAGGUGUCCAGGGAUAGAUUUUUUGAUUCUACGAAAGUGGAAGUAUUUUCUAUUAGCAUGUUAACAUUAUAUUUAAAUCUCUCAUAUCCAAUACUAAUUACUCCAAUUCAAAUAAUGAUGGCAAUAUCUGUAGAUCUGCUGAAUGAGAUAAAAUGGAGUCAUUUCAGGUAAAAAGAAGAAGUAGAGGAGAACAGUUCCUUUUCCGGUCUCCACACCUACCAUCUUUUUAAACCGAUGAUCAGGACUUUUUCGCCUAUCUGAUUUUUCACAAUCUAUGAAAGGGACUCCACAGGGUUGGGGUUUUUUUACAUAACGGGACUGGAAAUAAUUGUUCUAGAGUAAUAUCACAUUUGAUAUAAAUCGAGAGACCAAUAACUUGUGUGCAAAAUUUCAGAUCAUUCGCUCACUCCGUUUGUCCAGAAUAAACAUUCUAAGUGUUAAAAUGACCUAAACUAAAAAGCGUUGCAACGCUUUUCACUCAAAUCGAGCUUAGGAUAGCACAAAAGUUUACUUGAUUAUCACUUUAUUUCCGAGUAUAUUUUUUAAUUAUCUUUUGUAAAUCAUUCUGUUUUAAGUUUCAAAGUUGAUCUAUAUAAGGAAGUAAAAUUUUAUGAUUAAAAGCUAUUGAACACCAGUUCACUUAAGCCAUUCUAGAGCCUUCCUUCCUAUCCUUUUUUGCCCAUAUACCAGAAACAAAAUGAGAUUUCUCUUUGGCCUUAGCGUCAGCAACGAAAUAAUAUAUUAGUCAAUCGAUGAAUUACGGUGGUACAUUUUGUCAUAAUUAUAUAUCAUUUCUAUUUUGUUAUAGUAUAUUUGUAUUUUUGUAUUUGUAAAACCAUUGUGUACAUGUAUGUUUUUUCCAUUCUUUUAUCCGUAGUGCCAACUGUAAUAAACAUAGAUCUAAAUUAUUGAUGCUUGUAAUAUAAAAUCGUAAAGGGGAGGAAACUUUGGAAAAGUGUAACGUCAAGGCAUUCAAGGGAAGUAACUUUGGUCACAUAGUUACAAUCAUGAGUGUUAAUUAAGGGGUAACCGUUGUGUUACAAAACUUGUCUUAUUCGAAACAUUACCUUUAGUUUCUAUGGUUACAUUUUAGAGGUGGGGAUGGAAAUCGGGGAGGUAACUAUGUCAAUAUUACGACUACAAUAAAUUUAAAGGGCGGUAAUUUUGGUAAAACUGUCGGGGCCACUUUUUUACGUUGUAAAAUUGGUAAAUUUAACAAUCUUUUUAUUGAAAUACCUAUGAAAAAAUGCAUAAUUAUUUUACAUAUAGAAGCUUCCUAUGAAACAGGUGUGAAGGUAAAUUAAAUUUUAUUACUUUCACGCCGAUCUGAUAUCCGGCCACCGCUCCGGUUCCAACAUUUUUAGAAAGUAAGGUCAAUGAACUUCUUUGCACAAAUAACAACUGUUAAAGAUGCAAAAUAUCCCCUCCCGGAUGACUACUAGUUAUUUUUUCGCUCCACAAAUCCCCCAUAAGAGACCCUUCCUUAUGUUCAGGCAAAUCUUAUGUAACCUCCGUACUUAUAGCAUUUAUAUGUCUAACUUUUUUAUGCAUUUUUUUAAUUGUUUGUACUUUAGGUAUAGAAUAAAGAAAUAUAUAUCCAAA